AUGUUGUUAGUAUUUGGACGUGGAAUCGGCUUCAUAGUAUUAGUGAGUUUGUUAUCGUGCGUUGUAUCUUUGCGUCAGUAUGGAACGCCGAGUAACACAUUAUACGUAGCUGAAGACUUGGAGCCGAGUCGUGGAAAAUUGCAAAUUAUCAGUAGAAACAUUGAGAAUGAAGACAGCUCUCAUUUGGAAAGGAGAAAACGUGAAGCGACAACAUUAACGACUCCCGCUAUCCAGAAAAACAUAAGUACAUGGACAACACAUCUAAAUGACAGCCAUCAGCAGUUGAUGGUGCACUGGGUGGGUGAAGGGUCCAAUGUGAUCAUCUGCCUGGCUAGGGAUUCAAGUCCUAGGAACAAAGGAGGUUUAUCACCAUCUGCCCUCUUUAUAUCCUAUGACUAUGGCAAGAACUUCACCAAUAAAACUGAAAGCUUCAAACUGGGUGAUGCACCAGACAGUGGAUAUGCUCAACUGGAUAAGUUCUUCAAUCAUCCCAAAUACCCUGAAUUUUGUGUAUUCGUGGACUCGACAAACAAGAAGCUUUUCUACACUAGUGACAAUGGACGCACCAUCCACCGGUCGGACCUUUCUUUCCACCCCAGUGAGCUAUCUUUCGAUGAGGAGUUUCCUGACAAAUACGUUAUUUUGGACAAAGUCGUCACCAACAGAAAACUGUACCUGACGCUAGACGGCGGAAAAACAUUCAAGAUGAUCCAAAGUUACGUGAAAACCUUCUUCUGGUCCUCGGGUCCUGGUUUCUCGAAGGUGUUCUACAUGGAGCGCUGGAAGCCUGAUGGAACGAGCACAGUGUUCAGUGCGAGUGAUCCUACUGACCUGGUCAAUGCUGAGAUAUUGUUCGAAGAAGCCAAAGACUUCCAAAUCAAAGGAGAUUACAUGUUCGCCACCAAACAAUCCAAAGACAGAAAUACACUAGAUCUUUAUAUUUCACACCAAAGAGGUCCAUUCUUCAAAGCUGAGUUCCAAACAGAAUUAGAUCUAAAAAGAUUCCACAUUGCAGACGUAACAGACAAACGUAUAUUCGUCUCUGUCAUGCACACUGAUGCCCUAGCGAAUUUGUACGUGUCAGAGAUAAGCAACAAUUUCACACAGUACAACUUUGUGUUGAGUUUGGAACAAAUAUUAUGCUAUUUCCCUGAUGCUAACUGGAAGGACAGCUGGCUUGAGGAUGUGACCGAAGAUCCAUUUACGGACUUGUACCGCGUUGAAGGUUUAAAAGGAAUAUACAUUGCUUCGCGGGUGGACUCGAAGGCCCUCGUGGCGAAUAUUGGACCUGAGCACCUGAUUUCUCUGAUUACUUUCGACCAUGGAGUCACUUGGUCUCCUGUUAAUCCACCCACUGAAGAUGAGAAUGGCAAACCAUUGAACUGCCACAUUGAGAACUCUUGCAGUCUUCAUUUAUGUCAGAAGUUCAGCCAACUGUACCCAGUUACAAGCCCACCUGGAAAUGUGGUUGCGAACGGUUUGAGGUCAGCAAGUAUUAUGAGCUCGAAAUCAGCACCAGGAAUUAUUAUGGCCACUGGUGUCAUGGGCAAGUCACUGAAAGGAAUACCUGGCGUGUACAUCAGUCGGGACGCCGGUCUCACGUGGAAGAGGAUCCUCAAAGACUACUAUUUCUUCAACUAUGGUGACCAUGGCGGUGUUCUAGUAGCUGUCAAGUACUUUAAAUCUCGUGGUGAAACGAGAAAGAUACUGUAUUCGACGAACGAAGGCAUCGAGUGGAACUCUUAUCAGUUCAAUGCCGAUGACCUGCGCAUCUACGGACUAAUGACCGAGCCUGGAGAGAAUACGACAACGUUUACUAUGUUCGGCUCUGCAAACGAUCAACAUCAGUGGAUUAUAAUUACAAUCGAUCUGCGAAAUACUUUCACUCGCAACUGCACUGAUGACGACUACAAGUACUGGUCUCCUUCGCCUCCUAAUUCAUCGGUCUCCUGCGUGCUCGGUACCAGAAACACUUUCCAGCGACGUCUCGCCCACACGAACUGCUACAACGGAAUAGAUUACGACAGACCAUUCAAAAAGGAGACUUGCGAAUGCAGUCGCAGAGAUUUUGAAUGUGAUUUCGGAUUCAUGCUCUCUGGCAACGAAUGUAUCCACAACAAAUCCUCAAAAUACGAUCCGUAUGCCGUACCUGCAGAUUGUCAGCCUGGUCACUUCUACUGGCGCACUAAAGGUUAUAGGAAGAUCGAUGGAGAUGUAUGCAGUGUCUCAGGAUAUAUGGCGUACGUCCCUGAUCUGAUCCCCUGCCCUCUUGAAGAACCAACAGAAUUCAUGCUAGUCGCCCUCGGUAAUAAAAUAGCUCGCAUUGAUCUCUCUGAAAACACGACUAUUUACCCCGUGGUGAACGAAAGGAACAUCGUUGCCAUCGAAUUUGACAUAAAGAACAACUGCAUCUAUUGGGCUGACAUAGAAUUGGAUAAGAUCAGUCGUCAGUGCUUCAACAAUGGCACGACACAAGAAGUAAUCGUUGACAGAGACCUCGCCAGCAUAGAAGGGAUGGCCUUUGAUUGGAUUUCUAACGUUCUGUUCUUUGUCGAUGGCUUGAGGAAGAAGAUUGAAGCUGUAAGGAUAGAUAUGAUCAAGGAAACCAGAAUGAGAGUCACUAUUUUGGAUUCGAAAGUCUUAUCGCGACCGCGCGGUAUUGCAGUACAUCCAAAAGCAGGCUUUCUAUUCUGGACAGACUGGGACAGGAACAACCCCUCAGUUUCUAGGUCAAACCUUGACGGUAAAGACGUUGUGAAAUUGUUCGGCAAGCCAAUAGUCCAGUGGCCAAAUGGCAUAACGAUCGAUCAGAUGUCGGAGAGGAUAUACUGGGUGGAUGCUAUGGAGGACUACAUCGCUAGCUCUGAUUUGAACGGCAAAUACUUUAAACGGAUUUUCUCGAACGAUCAGAGAGUAACACAUCCGUUUGCUGUAGCGGUGCUGAAAGACAAGAUGUACUGGGACGAUUGGAAAGAGAAGUCAAUAUUCGUGGCCGACAAGGACAGUGGAAUGAAUGUGAUGACGAUUAAUGAUUCGUUCGUCGGUUUGAUGGACUUGAAGGUGUUCGCUCACUUCGUGCAGUACGGUAGUAACGCCUGCUCGUACAAGAACACUAGUUGUGACACAAUAUGUUUGGGUGGGCCGGGCAAUACAUUCAGUUGCCUGUGUCCUGAUGGCCUGACUAUGAUUGGUGGGAAGUGCAUGUGUUCCAACAACACGGAGCCCUACGCGAACAUGACGUGCCCCGAAACAGAAGUAUCUACUUGUGGACUGGAGGAGUUUACAUGCAAGAAUGGGAAGUGUAUAUCCUCGUUCUCUCGUUGCGAUGGUAACAAUGAUUGCGGAGACCUGUCCGAUGAGAUCGGUUGUCUCUGUGUGCCGCCGAUGAUCAUGUGUGACAAUACACGAUGCUACCUGCCACACUGGAAGUGCGACGAUGACAUUGAUUGCGCUGAUAUGAGUGAUGAAAAAGACUGCGGCCACCGUAAUUGCUCGGAGAACAAGUUCCAAUGUGACAAUGGCCACUGUAUUGAGAAGCGGUGGUUAUGUGACGGAGACAACGACUGUAAGGAUGGAUCUGAUGAACGAAACUGCACGAUUCAAACAAAACGUCCAGAAAUAGUGGAAAGUUGUUCUGGCAACGGUUUCGCGUGCAGUAAUGACAGCAGUAUGUGUAUCCCUAACUCGUGGGUGUGCGACGGGGAGAAGGAUUGUGACAACGGAGAGGAUGAGAAUGAACAGCGGUGCAAGGACUCCACCUGCGCCCCUUACAUGUUCCGGUGUCCCAGCGGCAAAUGUAUAUUCAAAUCUUGGGUCUGCGACGGUGAAAACGACUGCGGCGACGAGCACUCUUCAGACGAGAAGAACUGUUCAAGUUCCCAGCAUUCUAAAUUGCUCCCUAUCCCUGGCACAGAAAAGCCUAAUUUCUCUAGCAAUGAGAGGUGUUUACAGUGGAUGUUUAAGUGUGACAAUGGAAACUGUAUGCCAGACUGGUGGAGAUGUGAUGGUAUCGAUGAUUGCGGAGACAAGUCGGACGAGACCGGCUGUGGAUUUGACAUGCCACCAUCUGAGUUGGUCCCAGUCAUCCGUGACCAUACUCCGGUUAUUAAGAGGUGUGGGAAGAAUGACUUCACUUGUGCACCGGGUCGCUGCAUCCCGCUGAGCUGGGUGUGCGACGGGGCGGCGGACUGCGAGGACGGGUCGGACGAGCAGUCGUGCCGCGGCCACAGCGCGCCGCCGCCGCGCUGCGCCCGCGACCGCACGCCGUGCCGGGACGGCGCCGCCUGCGUGCUCACCGAACAACUCUGUGACGGCGUCUUCCACUGCGACGACAAGAGCGACGAGAUGAACUGUCCUGGCACUUCUACUCGCAAGCCAACAGUGGAAUGUGAGCGCGGCUACUUGAUGUGUGACGACGGAACCAACUGCGUGCCGCAGGUCAGCGUCUGCAACGGACGACAGGACUGCUACGACGGCAGCGACGAACUCAACUGUACCAGCGACCUUAACGACAAUACUCAUGUCUACCAGUUCCUGAGCAUUGGCGUGGACCAGUCUUCAAUAAACUCGACUAGUUUCCUUAUCUCGUGUUGGAUGGCGCAGCAGAAGAUGGUGCUGUAUAGCUUCCUGCCUUCCAUCUCUAAAGUCAGCGACGGAGUGUGGCUCAACAAGACUUGGACCAACGACAGCAUUUACAGGUUUACUGAUCUGGAGCCUUACACUAACUACAAUGUGACUUUCUACAUCAAAGACAGCAAGUCCAACAGAACUUAUGCAUCCAUGAAGUAUGUAAACACCACCACUGGAGAAGGAGUACCGUCACCACCAAUUCGUCUAAGUGUCCGUCAGUUGAUCGGUCACCGUAUCAACGUAGUGUGGGACCGGCCAGUGUCCCCGCGCGGCGCCAUCCAGUCCUACACCCUGUACUACGCGCCUCCACUGCCGCCCGUCGCCAAGCUCAUCCCAGCCACGGAUCAGAAGACCAUGUCUGUAGACGUCACCGGGUUCUUUAAACCUUUCAAUAACUAUUCCUUCUGGGUGACAGCAACAAACAACGCAUUCACAUCUACAUCGUCCCAAGUGAUGAACAUAACGUUUGACCCGGUCAACGAUGUAGAUGACCUCGUCAACGCCAGUUUGACGCGACUCAAUGCGAGCUCCGUGAGACUCGACUGGCAUCAAAUAAGGAACGUCGACGGAUACGUUGUCAGAGUACGACUACCGCCAGAGUACGCGAUGCUAGACCCCAUCGUUACUGAGGCUACUAAUGUUACAUUGACGAACCUGCCACCUGGAGUCCUAACAUACAUUGAUAUAAAGGCCUACAAGAACAAAGUGUACGGCGAUCCAUUCACCAUUCCAUUCCGUACUGAAGGCACCCCGGAUGAGGUAUUGAACUUCACAGCUAUACUGUCCAAGGAACGGAGAACUUCUGUCUAUGUAUCUUGGAGUCCACCCACUGGGGACAGGUAUAAAGAUAAAGAACUGGAGUAUGAAGUCCAUUAUACCAAUAUGAUUCAUAGGACUACCACCCCUGGAGAAAUGUCUAAUGAUACUCGCAUUAUAACAAAGAACACGAGCGUGCUUAUAGAAGGUUUGCACGCGUGCGAGACGUACAUUUUCACCGUCGGAAUACGGGGGGGACCACUCAGCAUGUUCAAGGGAAUCAUCACACGCGAGAACGACAUGGCUCCUGUGAAGAACUUGCACGUUGAAUACGAUGAGGACAAGCAGCAGAUGAAGAUCUUAUGGGACGCUCACUGUAACGCUUUUAGAACACCUACCACUUACACGCUGGACGUGACAGAAUUGACACAUAAUCGCAAGAGUCACUACGAGCUCGCUCUGUCGCGACAGUCGAGUUACUCGCACACCAUCGUCGAUGUACCCAUCGGUGGGAGAUAUAACAUCUGCAUACAUGUGACGGUCCCGGGCGCGGCGGCCACGUGUCGCGCGGUGCGCGGCCAGCGCCUGCAGCCGCCCAGCGAGGUGCUCGCCUGGCUGGCGCCCAACGGACACGUCAUGGUCAGCUGGGACGACCGCCCGCUGCACCAGCACGAGUACGAAGUGAUAAUAUCUAAGAAGGAGAUCCCGGAGGACUUGCUGCAGCCGACGGAAGACAUGAAGACGAUGAAGGCGGAGAUGUCGCCGUGCUUGCUGACGGCGCCUGACGACGUGUCGGGCCCGCUGUACGUGGGCGUGCGGCUCGUCACCGCGGACGGGUACUACAGCGACCUCAGCGAGGUGCACACGCUCACUAUGGAGGGAUCAGAAAUAGAUGAACCAUCAGCCCUUCGCGCCAUGUGGUGGGGCUGGGGCGGAGCCCUGCUGGUGUGCAUCGUGCUGGGCGGAGCCCUACUCCACGUGGCGCUCAGGCACCGCCGCCUCGCGCGGUCCUUCCUCAGGUUCACUGCGCACACGCCGCGCUACGACAGCAGGCGGGGACAGGCCAUCAUUGGCGAAAAUGACGACGACGACGUGCCUCCCAUCCACGGGUUCUCGGACGACGAGCCGCUCGUGAUCGCGUGA